GUAUUAAUGUUGACCUGUACCGGUUAGAAAAAAUAAAUGUGCUGAUAAAAAGUGUUAUCAUUUCGUCUGUAUUUAGUGUUGACACAUAAAAGAUACCACAUAUUUACGAAAAUCUAGUUACAAUAGUUACAAUGGCUACAAAACUGACGUAUCUUAAUGGCAGGGGUAGAGGAGAAAUUAUCAGGAUAAUAUUGGCCGGAGUAGGUUUAGAGUACACAGAGGAAUAUCUUACUACCAAAGAACAGUGGGAGGAGUUGAAAAAGAGUGGUAAAUUACUAUACAAUCAAUUUCCUUUACUGGAGAUAGAUGGUUUGGAAUUGAUACAGACUGGAGCUAUUGCUAGAUACCUAGCCAGGAAAUACAACAUGUAUGGUUCAACCGAUCAGGAGGCUGUCAAAGUAGACAUGUACUAUGAAGGAUCUAGAGACUUCUAUUCAGUUUUUAUAUAUAUGGUCUUCACGGAUGAAAACGAAUUACUGAAAAAAGCUAAAGAGGUUACGGUACCAAAAUAUUUUCCUGUAUAUGAAAAGAUUUUGAAAACUGGCAACACAAAGUACCUUGUUGGGGAUUCUAUGAGUAUUGCUGAUUUAGGACUGCUUGAGUGCCUUUUGGCUGUAGAAGAAUUCCUUGGCAUGGAAUUAAUGGAUUCAUAUCCGAUACUGAAGGAAUACUAUCAGAAACUGAAAGCAUUAGACAGAAUAUCCACAUUUUUAAAAGGACCACACAGGAAAAAGAGGAAUACUGAAGAAUAUGUGGCCACUGUCAAAAAAGUCCUACACUGAAGAUUUAUAUACAUACGAAAUACAUAACCAAGUUGUUGCAUGUAAUGUCCAUGUUUGAUCUUAAAUAAAUUCAUUAUGAUGAC